UUAUUCACUCCACCAACUAAACCACCUCUAAUCUAACCGAUCAAGACAUUUCAAAGAAGAGUGAGGUGAGAAAACGGAGGAAGAAGAUAGUAAGGCGAAUAGUCAAAUCCAUAACCGGUGGCGCCGGUUGAUGGUCGAUAGACCCCUCUCUCCUCCCAUCAUUAACUCAUCAUCACUGCAUCUCUCUCUUCUCCCUCCCUCUCUUCUCUCUCUCUCUCUUCAGCGCCUGCAAAAAUUAGGCGCCGAAGAAUUUUUGUCUUCUGCAGAGUUCCGAGAGCUGGAUUGAUCUAAAACUCUCAUCUCUUUGUUGAAUUACGUCGCCUAAUUCGAAUUCUGCUUCUCCGCCGUAUCUAAUGGCUCGUUCAAAUGUGCCAAAAUUUGGCAACUGGGAAAACGACGACAACGUUCCUUACACCGUUUAUUUCGAAAAAGCAAGGAAAAACAAAGGUGGGAAAAUGAUAAAUCCAAACGAUCCUAUGGAAAAUCCGGACAUGUUCCCCGAUGCCGAUCCUCCGCCUCCGCCUCCGGCCGCAGCCGCCCCCCCUCCGGCAAACCCACGUCCCCGGCCAGACGAGCCUAACGGGCGGGGAGCAGCCGGGGCGAGGCCCGAACGUAGGGUGAGCAAAGAGGAAGAUGCUGAUCUUCACAGCUCUAGUGAAAAUCCAGGUCCGAGGGCUGCAAGUGAGUCGAGCUACGCUGGCCGGGGCCAGAGGGCUGCACGCCCUGCCCGAGCCAGUGCAGGGUCCGAGCAGAGCUUCGAGCGCUCGCCCCUUCACCCCCAUCAUCAGGCGAAACUCACGGGGGGACGGGGCAGCGGCUCGCCUGCUUGGGAAGGGAAGAGCCAUGAUAGUAGCCAUGGCACCCCGGGAAGAUCCAAGCUAAGGCCAACUAGUCGAGGCGACGAGAGUCCCGAUAAAGGUGCAGCCGUGCCAAGAUUUGGCGAGUGGGACGAGAACGACCCUCAGUCGGCCGAAAACUUCACGCACAUUUUCAAUAAAGUGCGUGAAGAGAGGAAUACCGGAGCUGGGAACGUCUCCGGGACUCCCAGGCAUCCGUCCUAUGGCACGCCCGGGAGACAGAAGGACCAACCUAAGGUUCGUCGUGCAUCCAUCUCAUCUUCGUCUUAGUACUUCGAUUCAAUCUUACGUUGUUUUCUUGACCUUCCAACGCAGAAAUGCUGCUGCGGGUGGUGGUAGAGGAGGACGAGGAAGAAGAAGAAGAAGAAGAAGAAGAAGAGUUGGAACAUGUGUGGAUGGAUUGUGCAUUAUUUGAUUUUAUAUUAGUGUGCUGCUAGUAAAAAAAUAAAACAAGAGGUCUCAUUUGUUAUCUGAAUCGCCUUUGUCGUUGUCGUCGUCGUCGUCACCGCCGUCUCUGAAAUUUCAGGGAUGACAUCUGCUUAGUUUUGGUCUUUCAGUUUCUCCCACUUCUGUAGUUAUGGAUGAUAUAUAGCGUUUACUUAUGCUAGAUAUUCUUUCAUUCUGAUUCUCUCUCUCUCUCUAGAGCUCUUGCUCUUGUUGUAAUGAAAUCUCUUUCUCUGAUUUUGUAAUACCUAAUCACACUGUAUCUUCGAAA